AUCUUAUUUAAUCUUAAUCACUAGUAACAUUAAUAACUUUGAACUUCUAAUAGUUUUUCGAUUAUUUUCAUUUGUAUUAAAUUACUCUAACACAACUUUGAUACUAUAUAAAUAAAUACUACUAAAAUAUACAAUUUUUUAAUAAUCAUGGCUUUGAACAUUACAGAGAUGUCAGCACUACGAUUCUUUAAACAAACCUUUCAACAGCAAGCUAAGCAGAUUCAUGUUUCUGCUAUUUUAACCAAUAAAGAAGUUUCUGAUAAAACGCCUAGAAUUAAGCGUGUUCAAGUUUAUAGAUGGAACCCUGAAACACCAGAUGUAAAACCUAAAUUGCAAGAAUAUAGUGUUGAUUUAAAUACUUGUGGACCCAUGGUAUUGGAUAUUCUUAUUAAAAUAAAAAAUAAUGAAGAUUCUACUUUAACAUUUAGACGAUCAUGUCGUGAAGGUAUUUGUGGUUCUUGUGCUAUGAACAUAGGUGGAGUUAAUACUCUGGCAUGUAUUAGUGCCGUUAAUCAAGAUUUAUCCAAACCAUUGAAGAUAUAUCCUCUUCCACAUAUGUAUGUUGUAAAAGAUUUAGUUCCAGAUAUGAAGUUGUUUUAUAAACAAUAUGCUUCUAUUGAGCCAUGGCUACAUAGCAAUUCUACUCCUAGUUCCAAUAAAGAACAUCUUCAACAUACUUAUGACAGAGAGAAACUUGAUGGGUUGUAUGAAUGUAUUUUAUGUGCUUGUUGCUCUACAUCAUGUCCAUCAUACUGGUGGAAUUCUGAAAAAUAUCUUGGUCCAGCUGUUCUUAUGCAGGCCUAUCGUUGGAUAAUUGAUUCAAGAGAUAAUGCAACAGCUGAACGUUUGGAUAAAUUGAGAGAUCCAUUUAAAGUUUUUAGAUGUCACACUAUUAUGAACUGUACUAAAACUUGCCCAAAAGGUUUAAAUCCUGGAAGAGCUGUUGCUCGUAUUAAAACACUUUUGUCAGGUGUAGCACAGAAAGAAGAACCUAAAGCCAUUACGCAAUAAAAAUAGUUUAAAAUAUUGGCUAGUAUUCAAUGUAAUCAUUAAAAUAUUAAUUAUUUUUUUGAUUUUACUUUGUAUUGAUAGUUUAUUGUGACUAUCAAAAUAACUUCAGAAAUCAGUGUAAAUUUAUUUUAAAUAAUUAUUUAGAAAAUAUAAUGUUAUUUAUCUCUCUGAA